UGCGUGCGUGCACGUUCGUGUGCGAAUGCACGACCCACGCGUGCACGUUCCAAAGCUGGUUCGACUUCGUUCAGUGCGAUUCGAAGCGGUCUACCGAGAGAAACCGCGUGAAAAUGAGACUCGUUCUUCCUUUCGUAUUGCUUCUUCUUGUAGCGUGCGCGUGUUGCGGCGGCGCCGACAACGAGAUCGAGACCAACGAGAUCGAGCACGACGAAUCGAUCCUAAGCGAGACGCAACACGUGCGUAAUGUCACGCUCGCCGAUAUCUUCGAGAACGCGAUCCAAGCCUAUCUUGAGGACAACUGGGACGAAUGUGUCGCGGGAUUUACCGAAGCUCUGCACGGAUAUAAAACGUACAAACGUUUGACGACGAUUUGUCGGCGAAAGUGCAAAGCGGAAGCCGCGGGUUCCUCGCCGAUUUUUGCCGAAGACAUUGAGGAUUUGCAUUUUUAUGAGAGAAAAGUGAGAGAGACGCUUUGCUUGCUGAAAUGCAAUCAGGAUUAUCGAGAAAUCGCAGGUGCGGGAGCGUUCAAACGGCUCCCGCAAGCUACGGAGAGAAAAUUUAUCGACUUUACGGUUUACGAAUAUCUUCAUGUCUGCUACUCUCAGAAAGAAAAAUAUCAAGAUGCGGCGAACGCUGCUUUUACCUUUCUGUCCAAACAUCCCGAUCAUGAGAUAACCAAGAAAAGUCUUAGAUUCUAUCUCGAUCAGCCUGGCGUGGCUGUUGAAAAAGUCGUGAAUUUGGAAGCAGCCCCGUUUGUGCAAAUGUACUUCCGGGGAGUCAGAGCGUACGAAGAUGAGAAUUACUCGGAGGCUGUGGCCGAGUUCGAGAACUCCCUCGAAUCUUACAUGGAAUCCGAGGAAGAAUGCAGGAUUUAUUGCGAGGGGCCCUUUGAUCAAGGAUGGCACCUCGACUUCACUUCUUCCGUAGCAAAUCAUUUUACAUUUUGUCUGAAAUGCAAACGUGGAUGCUCGCUCAAACUGAACAACGUGAACGGCAACUUCCAAAGCGAUUUGCUUAGAAGCCACUACAAUUAUCUGCAAUUUGCUUAUUACAAACUGGGAAAUUUGAAAGCAGCCUGCUCGGCGGUCGCGAGUUAUUUGUUGUUUGUACCUGCCGACGAGACGAUGCUUUACAAUAAAGAUUAUUAUAGCACUCAACCGAAAGUAGAAGAAGAAUACUUUACGCCAAGAGAGGAGGCGCUCUCUUAUGUGAAACGGCAGGAGUACGAGCUAAGGCUGCUGUAUUACAUAUCACAGGAAUUCACGGCAAUCGAUGCCAGAUUCACCGCGUUCACCCAAAAAAUUAAUAAUGCAAAAAAAUUGAAAAUAGAAUUGGGAAAGGAAUCUUUCUCGAAAUCGACUUUGCAUCCGCCUCCGGGUCACUCGCCAUCCGCGCAGAUGCAAUUUCUGGACAAUUUGUUGUCGUUUCGGUACGAGAAGAAAAUUGAGAUACCAAGGGUCACAGAGCGACCAAAAAAUGUCACGAACGAUGCGCGAUUGAUAAUGGGAGAACGAGAGCUCGGCGAGAUAAAUCGUUAUGCGGCCGACGGUUUUCUCAAUUCCACCGAAUGCGAUUUGUUGAUGCAACUCGCUCAGAUUGCCGUGGAAGGCGAUGGUUAUGAAGAAAACAAGAGCCCACAUUCGUCUUACGAACGUUUCGAAGGCGUGACUGUUGGCCGAAUGGCUUUGAUGGUGUACUUCGGUCUGAUAGAACCGGAACUGUUGAAUCUGUUCUUGCAACGCACGGAAUCAAUUCGCGAUCACGUGGAAAGGUAUUUCGAGCUUGAUCGACCGCUGUAUUUCACCUACACCCAUUUGGUCUGCCGAACGGCUUUACCCGAUUCGCCAGCAAAUAGAACGGAUCUGAGUCACGAGAUUCACGCUGAUAACUGUGUGAUAAAAACCGAAGGUUUCUGCGUAAAAGAAUAUCCCGCUUACACGUGGCGGGACUAUUCGGCAAUUUUGUAUCUGAACGAUGAUUUUCACGGUGGUGAGUUCUUCUUCGUCGACGAUCGGCGGGAGAGACGCCGCGUUCGGGGCACCGUUCGGCCUAAGUGUGGACGUGUGGUGGCUUUCUCGGCGGGCGGUGAGAAUCUUCAUGGUGUUCAAGGCGUGCGCAGCGGCAGAAGGUGCGCCGCGGCAUUGUGGUUUACGCAGGACGAAAAAUAUCUGGAAUACGAAAGAGUGGUGGCAAACACGAUUCUGAAGAGAGUUCGCACAUUAGGCGCGAUACAGCGUGAAAAUAUCCGCAUACCUAUCAGAUAUGAAGACAUGUUGAUCGAGUGUUUCAAGGAAGAUGAAACGUUGAGGCACAUACUGCAGGAAUUCACAUAAGAACGCAUCCGGAAGUAGUACUGCGUGUAUGUACCCAGCAAACAAUUUCUGUUUUUGACAAUUUCGGCGCAGACCUUGGUAACAGAAAUUGUUUGCAGAAAUGCUACAAUACGGAAACACCGCCAAAAUUGUUAGCACACAGAAAGAAAAAACGCAACAACUCUGUUGACAAAUACAUGAGAGUAUUGCAGCCAAAACGA